UGCUGUACAUACUUUCUGUAACAUGUUCCUCUUAGCUAGCGUUUUUAUUUUCCUUUUUUUUUUAAAUUUUCCUAUCAUGUGAGCAUGUCUGGUUUGGGACAGCGCUGAAGAAUAUAUGUGUAACAUGUAGCCUGCUGAAAUCUUUCUUCAGGUUUUUAUAGAGGAAGUUUACAUAGGCUACAGAUCAAGCAGAGAGUUAGUGGUGAAAGCUGCCUUGAGAUUCAGUGGGGAUGCCUUUACUGCAGUUGUUACUAGGGAGACAGAGAAAUCAGUUGGGUAAAGUUUUCUGCUUGCCUUACAACUCCCUAGACUUGUUCUGCAAGCAAUUCCUAAAGGGAUAGCUUAGAAAAGUACACAUUAUGGCUCAUAGCAUAGGGACAUAGUUGCUUAACUGCUCUGCGUAUGCCUGCUGUUACAGGAAGCUAUUUGGUACUAAAACAGACCCAUUAAGAAAGGGGAUUUGUUCUGAGAAGCACUUGAGGAGCAAAGUGUUACUUGACAACCUUCUCAUUAAAAGUGGUAAUCAGCACAAUCAUGAAAGAAACUCGCUGUGGCUAUGAAAACCAGCUGUUUAAAGAGGAAGAUCCGACAGGAGAAGAAGAAUUGAUGCAUUCUUUUAAUUGGAGGACAAGAGGUGGCUGCAUACAAUGCCAGCGGACAGGGUCUCUCCAGUUGGCUGUUAAGGUGUUAUAUGGGUUCUUUGCUUUUCUUAUUAUUGCUGUUGCAGUUCUUGCAUCUUUAGUAUUCAGGAAAGUCGACUCUUUAUCAGAAGACCUCAACACAACUGAAUCUCUUUAUGACAAAAAAAUCAUUACAGUCCAGGAAAGCAUAAAAGGACUUGAACACAAAUCCUCCAGUAACUGCAUAGACUGCCAUGACGUCACCCAGUUUGGACAGGAGAUUGAGAAGCUACAAGGAGAGUUUGAAGAGAUUCAAAAAAUGAUUUUGGUUCAGGAACAGACUCUGGACCAAGCAGCCAAGACUCAGCAAAGUCUCACUUACUCAAACAGCAAAUUUGCUUGUGACAUCCAAAAUUAUUCAUUCUCUAUUAAGCUGAUCAACCAAUCCUUGGAGAGAUACUUAGAGCAAGUCCAUGGCUGGCAGAUCGUUAUAACUGAAACUGAUGAAUCAAUGAAAUCAUUGGUCCAGGACCAAUACGAUUUACGAGCCGCAGUUCAACAAAUCAAUUCCACAGUUCGGCUGAGCUCUUCAUGGAUCAAUGGCAUUCAGAGGAAGAUGGAUGAAGAAAUGUUGGUUUUACAAAAAGUCAUGACAGAAUGGCAGAAUUACAGCAAAACACUGGGAGUUAUGAGGUCUUCCUCUAGCAAAAGCAUUGAUAUUGUAAGAAAUAUUCAAAAUAGCAUUUCAACCACACUGCAACGAAUCAGUCUCAACUCUGACACCAUGCAUGACCUCGUCUUGCAAAUAAUGAACUUGCAGAUGCAGCUUGACAACAUCUCUUCCUUUUUGGAUGAGCAUGAGGAAAACAUGCAAGACUUCCAUUACCAUUCAAAAUACUAUGAAAACAGAACCAGUGAGAGGUUUGAAACACUUGAGGGCCGAAUGACCUCUCAUGAAAUGGAAAUAAGUACCAUAUUAGCCAAUAUCAAUGCCACAGAUAACCAUGUGCAUAGGAUGCUGAAGUACAUUGAUGAUGUGAGAGUGUCCUGUGCUGCUGGGCUGAGCACCCAUGGACAGGAACUACAGUAUCUAAAUAAUACAAUCCAUCUGAUGAUCUACACAGCAGAUUUGUUACGACAAAGGUACAGCCUGUUGAAUGGAAGACUCGAUUUUGAGAUAAGAAAUCUAUCAAUGGUUAUGGAAGAAAUGAAACUAGUGGAUAUAAAGCAUGGGCAGAUAAUCAAGAACUUCACCAUUGUGAAAGGUUUGCCAGGGCCACCAGGUCCGAAAGGAAAUAGAGGAGAAGCGGGACCCAAUGGGCCUGUUGGAUUUACAGGACGCAAAGGGGAUGUGGGGCCUUCAGGACCCCUUGGGCCACAGGGCCAGAGAGGCUACCUUGGUCCACCAGGUCCCCCAGGAGAAGCUGGCCCUCCAGGGAUUAAAGGCAGUCCAGGCAUCAAGGGAGUAAAAGGCUCUUUAGGACAACCAGGUGCAACAGGAGAAAGUGGACAAAAGGGUGACAUAGGGCCAUCAGGUCAUGAUGGACUGCCUGGUUCAAGAGGACCACCAGGGAUACAGGGACAGGCCGGUCUGCCAGGAAUUCAUGGACUUCCAGGUCCCAAAGGAAAGCAAGGCCCCCCUGGACCACCCGGGCCUCCCGGGCCCCCAGGAGCCCCGGCUCAAUGAGCAAUAAAAUAUGGAUUUAAACACUUACUAUGGAGGACAGAAAUGCUGAAAACCACCUGGCAAAUAAAGCUAUAAUAUAACUACUAUCCAUGGGACAAUAAAUUUCAUAAUUACAAUAUGGUUGAAAGAAACAAAGUAAAAAAACAUUAUUACAUAUUGUUCCGUAAAAAAAAGAAAGAAAAGAGUAAAAGGCUGUCAUGUCUGUUCUAUAUCUUUUAACAGUGAAAGAACGACACUGUUUUCAUUAAAGCAUGGCACUAGCUUUUUAGCAAGUCUAACAAUAUUUAGCUUAAAUAUUGGUCUUGUGUCUCAGGCAGACUGUACUAAAAUCAAAGAUACACCACUCAGAGGCAGCAACAUAUUUAACAUAUUAUGCACACUGUAGGAACUUUGGGCAUAAAAAGUUACUCUACAAAAAGUUUGAUCUUAUUGUAACUUUAAUUUCCGUAACACCUAGUAUUAAGAUGGCAAAUAUGAAGUACUGUGCUUACCAGAAAUAUAAGGGUUUUAUGUCUAAUGUUGAAAGAUAAUUUUAACACUUGGUAAUUGCUUGCUUCAUAUUUUGUAACAAGAACAUUGCAAAUAGACAGUAAUUAAAGGAUGUAAAUGGUUUGCAAUUAUGCCCCAUGAAGUCAAAAGAGAAUGCCUUGAUUAUCACAUGACUAAAAUACUUAGUGGAUAUAUCAGAUCUGUGGAACCCCAAAAGAUUUGGGAAAAAGUAUACUUCAUAUAGAGAUGCCAAUACAUUACUAUGACCUCCCCAAUAUAGCAAAAGAAUUGCAGAAUCUCAUGUAUGCUUUUUUUUUUUUUUUUAAAUUGAUAACUUCAUUUUAAAAAUGUAACCGUUAAUCACGCAUUAAGGGGUUGCUGAUUAACUGUUAUUCUCAUUUUCUAAUAGCAUACAGUGUGUACAGUGAGUGAGCUAAAUACUCAGAGCAGGUACUCUGAAUUAAUGCAGUUAUCGAGGAAGUUACUUUUAUAUUGCUUGGCCAAAGAUGCCAUUUUGUGAUCAAGUAGCAAGCGCAUAUCUACCAACUUUAAAAUAAAUUGAAUUAAAUAAACAAAAAAACAAAACAAAAACAAAAACAAAAAAAAAAAAACAAAGGUACAGAAUUUUUUCAAGAGCUUGUGUAAAAAUCUCAGGUACCAUACUUGGAAUGCCUAUUGUAUUUGAGUAUGAAGUUAGCAAUUAGGGUCACUUCAGAAAAUGGAGGUCCUUGGGUGAAUAGGUUUAUCUUUUUAGAUUAAAAAUGUUUUUGAGAUUGUAAAACAUCUCUGUAUCAUGCCUGACUGCUGCAUUAACAAAAUACCAUAUAUCUUUAGUAGACGUAUAAAGCCUUUACAUUUUAACAUUUCAUAUUAAACUCCUACAUAUUCUAGAAAUGCUAAGAGGAAAAGUUAGAACAUUCACAAAUCCAUUGAAAGGUUGGCCUGAGAUAUUUAAAUCCGAACAGUACUUUCAGACUUGGAUCAUCACUCACAUCCCUGUACAAUAAGUCAUCCUUUGUUCUGGUUAACGUUCACCAAUAUUCAAUGUACUGUGUUGAUCUUUUGAAGGUAGCUCACUAUACAAGCGAAUUGCUUGUUAAAACUACCCGUUAGGUAAUGUAUUGCUUUUUGCACCUACUGUACUUCAGAUCUUUAUUCCUGAGACAAUUUUUUUCUUCAAUUUUUACAACUAUUGUACAAAGUAUCAUAGGUAAAUGUAACAUUUUAGUAAAACAAACAAAAAAAACAUACUACUGCAAAAUAUUGUAAGGUUAUACUGUAUGCUCUCCCUGUAUCUAUGCAACUGGCUUGCAUACAUUAGUAAUAAAGUCAUUUAAACCUAGAAAUGUUUAUUUAGCGACUGUGGUAUUGUAUUAUUUUCACUAGUUGUAUUACAGUAUAUUCCAAAUGCAUGAACAAAACAACAAAAACCAUGACCCAGUUUAAAUAUCUUGCAUGUGUCAAUUACAAGGUACAUAGCAUUUAUGCCCUGAAGCCCAGUUUGCACUGCCACUGUGACAUGCAACACAAAAGCAAUAUUCAAAGAUAUAACAGUCACCAUUGUUUUCCGUUGCCUAAACUUCAACCUUGGCUUUUCUAUUUUUUUUCUAAACUAAAAUACCAAUAAUACAAAGUAAAAAAAAGAUUGACUCAAGCAGGUUUUCUUGCAUGCUCUUUAAAUUAGUUAGUCAUCAUUGUAUUUGCAAAUCGAAAGAACAAAGCAUGUGGUUUCUUAUGUUUACAAUUUAAUUAGUCAGAGGACCAGAAAAAGUGAAAACCUUUGCAAGGACUUGCAAGUUAGUGAAACACAGUAAAGGCAUCUGAUAACUAACAUUAAAAAAAGUUUAUGAAAAUCAAAACACUGCAUAAUGCAAGAAUUCACUUCUACUCCCCUUUUACCCUUUGCAGAUGCUGUUAUUUUUAUGAGGAAGAAUGGAGACAAUUAGUCACAGGCAGUUAAUAAAUCUCAUGCGAGGGGGAAGGUUUGUUUUCAGCAUAUGGAUACAUUUUCAACAGCCAGCUUAAAGAAGAUUCUGUAGCACACACUGCAAUGUAACUUGACAGCAUCUUUAUUGAAACACAAGGUAAUAAUGAAUUGUUGUUUUCGAUGUUUACGAUACUGUUGGAUGACCCAUGAUCUUCACUUAAAAUAAAUAAAUAAAUAAAUACAUAAUUUCAAUCAAAAUGUCUUGUAAGUCACUCUGUUUGACUAGGCAACUUUUGACUAUUUCUUGUUUUCCCUCAGGCCAUUUUCUAAUAACUUUAUUGACAAAACAUUCUGAAGUGUUUAAAAGAAUACUUUACAUUGGCUGUAUCCUGUGUAGUCCAUGUUGGGAAUACAUGUCACUGCUUUUACUCAGGAGCGUGUUCACCAAGAGAAUCUCUCUUAUAGUAGUGCAUGCAGAUCAUGCUCCCUCCAGCAAUGCUGCUUGUUUUCUGUUCCUGUGAUAGACAUUUAUUUUAAUCAGAGCACCAGAAAUACUGCUUGAAGUUAAAUACAAGAAUAAACACCAAAAACCCCUUCAGGAACAGUUGUGAUUCAGGAAUAGUAAAUUGGACAAAAGUGAUGAUUAAUUGUGUGUGACAAUUUAUAGGGAUAAGGAAGGAUAGUGUGCCAUAACUAAAAUGUCAUUCUAAUGGUAAACCUCAUUUACUGAUACACUCUUGUGUUACAGCUUAGCCAUGGUCAUUGCUUUUAACAUCAUGAAAGAUCUCUGACUGCUGUUUCAAGCCCUAAUGGUCAGCUUAAAAUGCAAAUCUCCAGACUUUUCUUGUAGCGUUUGGGAAAUUUGCAUCCACAUAAUUGCUUUAUUAUGGUAUAAUUAAUCGGCAUUGCUGUAACAAGAAGCCACUGUCUGCUACUUUAUCUGUAUGGAAAACAGCCACUUUGUAAUAAAAAGCCAUUUAUUGAGCUGAAAGUGUGUUAUCUCACAUGAGUUAUGUUCAACAAAGUGU